GGCACUUUGAGCAUAUAGGGGCAAAGGGGCAGGUGCUCAAGCACCCUCCCUCUGCACGUUUCUGCUGAGUGUCAAAAUAGGCAUCGAAUCGUAUCUUUUUCAGCUUCUCCGAUCGCUCGCCGCACUGAAACAAAUCCAAUAUGGCGGUGACAUUUCCGCAUCUAAGCGACGCGUACGUGUCUACGUUUUUUUUAAUUUGAAAAAAGAUAUAUUUUUGUGUCUAUUUUUAUACAUGCCAUUGCUGCCACUCGCUCGGUCCAAUUUCAAAUUCAAAAGUAGUCCAAAAACAACGAAAGUAAUCUUUAAAAUACAUCAAUAAAUGUUCCCAUCGUAUGAAUUUCCGUUUCCGGCGGAAGCCCCUCCCUGCUUAGCCUUAGCUGCUAACUCUACGGAAGACGGGAUAGGGAGAAAGUUCAAAACGGCGAAGAAAAGUUGGUGAAAAGACGAAAUGAGUGCGGACGGGGAUAGAGGACCGCGGUGACCGGACACCGAGAGUGUCGCUUCCUCUCGCCGCUUCUUAGUAAAUGAUGCAAAAUUUGGUGCCUUGACUGUGCUGUUACGCCGCCUGACGCACGAUGGGCUUCGGUCGGGAUCUGAGGAAUUCCCACGAGGGAUUACUCAAAUUGCAGGAUUGGGAAUUAAAGCUUCUGGAGACUGUGAAGCGUUUCAUGACGCUGAGGGUGAAGAGCGACAAGGAGUACGCCGCCCUGCUGCUCAGCAUGACCCAGCAGAUGGAGAAGCAGGAAGCGGCCGACUACGUCAGCACUGUCAGCAAGUCGUGGUCGCAGGUGGUGCGUCAGACGGAGGCGCUGGGCCGCGUGAUGAGGGGUCACGCCGACGACCUCAACUCGGGGCCGCUACACCGCUUAGCCACGCUCAUCAGAGACAAGCAGCAGGUCAAGAAGAGCUACCAGAGUUUACACCAGCAGCUGGAGAGUCACAAGCACAAGGUGACCCGUAGCGACCUGGACAAGCUGAAGUCCACCUACCGGCAGCUCAGCCGAGACGCCAACAACGCCAAAGACAAAUACCGAGACGCCCUCAGUAAAGGUCGCGAGGCCGAACGCGCUCACGAGCGCUACGACAAAGCCACGGCCAAGCUGCACAACCUGCACAACCAGUACGUGCUGGCCGUGUGCGGAGCGCAGACGCAACAAGAAGAGCAUCGGCGUCGCGCCGCCCCUGCGCUCCUCGACGCCCUCCAGAGAAUGCAGGAGGACAUGACGCUCGCUCUGAAAAACAUUUUGGAAGAGUACUGCGAGAUCAGCAGUCUAUUGAGUGAGGAGGUGGUCAAAGUCCAUCGAGAGAUUUCGGCGGCGGUUCAGCAAAUCGACCCGCUGGUGGAGUACCAGCAUUUCAUCGACGCCUACAGGUCUCCGGAGACGCCCGAAGCCAGCGUGGAGUUCGACACGUCCUUGCUAGACGAGACGGACAACGUGUCGGCCAACGAGAUCCUCUGGAACACGCUGACGGCUGAUAGUCUUCAGGCCACGUUGUCGUCGGCCACGGAGGAGUUGGCGCUGACUCAGCAGAACCUGAGGACCAAAGAGGCCCUAGUGGACGACCUAGACGCCAAGAUCAAUAGCAGUCAGCAGAACGCCGACCGGAAGUCCGACUGCGUGCUGCUGCUGAGUCAGAAACUAUCGUUGCUGGAGCUGCGUCAAAACGUCCAAACCUUGCGCAGUGCCGAAGCCCGCCUCUCUUCCCAGAAGGCCUUGCUGGACGCCAAGAUGGCGGCCGCCGCCUCCCCGCCACCACCGCCGCCUUCGCUUGUUCUGCCCUACGAAGAUGACACCCGCUCCGUCAGCUCUGCUGAUAAAGGCAAGGAGAAGAGCUCGCGCUUGGAGACCCUGCGACACUCGCUGGCCGGAAUGAUCCGUUCGCCCAAAGCCAUGUUGGGCUCAUCGUCCUCGCACUUCUUUGACACCAUCCCUUCGUGCGAGCGCCCCCUGGCAGAUCAGGAGUGGUACCACGGCGCCAUCCCUCGCACGGAAGCCCAAGAGCUGCUCCGGCAGCAGGGCGACUUCCUGGUGAGGGAGAGCCACGGCAAACCGGGCGAGUACGUCUUGUCCGUCUUCUCGGACGAGCAGAGGCGACACUUCAUCAUUCAGUUUGCCGACAGUCAGUACCGCUUUGAGGGGACAGGUUUCGCCACCAUCCCUCAGCUCAUCGAGCACCACUUCUCCACUAAGCAGUUAAUCACUAAAAAGUCCGGCGUGGUGCUCCUCAACCCUGUGGUCAAGGACAAAAAGUGGAUCCUCAACCACGAAGACGUAGCGUUGGGCGAGCUGCUGGGCAAGGGGAACUUUGGCGAGGUGUUCAAGGGGACCUUGCUGCGGGACAAAACGGCGGUAGCCGUCAAAACCUGCAAAGAAGAUUUGCCCCCGGAGCUGAAGAUCCGCUUCCUGUCCGAGGCCAGGAUCCUCAAACAAUACGACCAUCCCAACAUCGUCAAGCUGAUUGGCGUGUGCACUCAGAGGCAGCCUAUCUACAUCGUCAUGGAGCUGGUUCCCGGCGGCGACUUCCUGUCCUACCUGAGGAAGAAAAAGGACGAGUUGAAGACCAAACAGCUACUACGUUUGGCGGGGGAUGCGGCGGCGGGCAUGGCGUACUUGGAGAGCAAGAACUGCAUCCAUAGGGACCUGGCGGCCAGGAACUGUCUGGUGGGUGAAGGCAGCCUCUUGAAGAUUAGCGAUUUCGGAAUGAGCCGGCAGGAAGACGAUGGCGUUUAUUCCUCCUCCGGACUCAAGCAGAUUCCCAUUAAGUGGACUGCGCCCGAAGCGCUCAACUACGGUCGUUACACUUCCGAGAGCGACGUGUGGAGUUACGGCAUCCUCUUGUGGGAAACCUUCAGUCUGGGAGUGUGUCCUUACCCGGGCAUGACCAACCAGCAGGCUCGGGAGCAGGUGGAGAAAGGUUACCGGAUGGCGUGCCCUCAGCGUUGCCCGGACGACGUGUACAAGGUGAUGCAGCGCUGUUGGCUCUACAGCCCGGAAGAGCGACCGAAGUUCUCAGAACUGCAGCGAGAUCUCGCCGCGAUCAAAAAGAAGUGAGCGCGUUAAGUAUACGCCCCAGCAGCGGAACACUAAAAAAAAUGUUCAUGGACUCUGCCGACGGGAGAUGACGUCACUGCCCGUUUUCUAACCUGUACGCUCGCAUUCAAAUGGCGCAGUUUGUGCCGGCAGUGAACCGAUUUCCCGGCUAAUCCCGUAACUGUAGCAACGAGACUAACAUCUUUAUACGUGUACGUGGUAUCUUGACUUUUUAACCCUUUAUAGGGCAGUCAUUGGCCGCCGUUGACGGCAUUAGACGUCAGUCCUCCCCGUCCGAACGGAUUGGACAUCAUACUUCAUUUUUUGUUUAAAUUAAAUUUUAUCCAAAAAAUGGGGGGUUUAAGAAUUUAAACUGAGAGGAAUGGCUGUGAAUGUGCAUUUUUCAGCACCAUUGACAGCGCUAGGCAUCAACUUCAUUUUCUAGCGCCAUCAUCGGCAGCCAAUCAGUUGAUUGGAAAGAAAAAAAAAAUCCUGUCAAAAUGAAUUGGACGUCUAUCAUUGUCAAUGGUAGCCAUGGAGUGACUUAAAAUUCUAAACUUCCAUCCUCUCAGUUUAAAUUGGACAUCUAUCGCUAUCAAUGGCAGGCAAUGACUUAAAUCAACAAAUUGAGGGUCACAAUUUAUUUUUUUCAUUUUUUAUUAACACUUUAUUCAUUUUUAAUUGUAUUUAUUCAUUUAAAAAAUAAAUGUACAAAAAGAAGUAAUGAUGAAUCAUGGGGGGAAAAAAUUAUAAAUUAGACCUGGCGUUAUAUGGUUGUGGACGCCAUGUCUUGAUGGGCUUGUUUUUUUGUUGUUGUUGUAAUGACCAAAAAUAGUUACUUGCCCUAUAAAGGGUUAAUAUUUAUACUUUAUAUUUCUCAGCAAAUCCAGCCCUUUUUUUGGGGUGGGGGGAGGGACAAUCAGUAGCAAUGUUAUUUAUUUGUUCAAAGAUGACAUCAGCUAUUCUUUGAGCACCACCAGCUGGCUUCCCUCUGUACAGAAUACUAGCAUGAAUGGCGCGUUUUUCUAAAAGAACAGGUGCUUUUGUAAAGAAAAUAAAAAUUUCUUUGCGUUUCGAUGACUGAGCUCAGAACUGCAAACUCCCGAAGAGCGCGGGCAGCACGGUUGCUUUGGGGUGCGGCUUGAAGCCGAUCCUCUCGUUGAUGAGGUCCGCCCUCGCCGCCGUUGACGAGAGCGCCGCUCGGGCCCCGUCGGCGCCGAGCGCCCCGUCCCCACCGCCGACUCCGCCUGCCGACUCGGCCUCUUCUCGCUGACGUUUCCGCGCCUGAGGGAAAAGGUUUUCGUAGAGCGACUCGCCGUUUCGAAAGCCAAGAGGAAACUGACCUCCAGCUCUUUCUUGAUGCUCUCAAACUCAUCCGUGUCGUCGAUUUUCAGCUCCAGACGAGUCGGUUUCCUCCUCAACAUCUUCACCGGGACCAGCUGAAAACAAUCAGCAUAAAAAUGAAUAUACAUUUGUUUUCAUGUGGUAAAUUUUGCACUACUCUUCAUAGGAUUUUUUUUUUUUUUUUUUUUGUAUUUGUCAACUCAUUGUCUGCUGUUGACGGCGCCAGACGUCUGAGCCAUUUGUUCAGUUCAAUGUAUCGGACGUCCUAGCACCGUCAAUUUCAACCAGUGAGUUAAAAAAUAAAUUCUUCCUUUGGCCAAGAUGCACAUUGGGUGAGCAACUUUAUUCUCUAUGUAAGUUCAUGUAAAAUAUCUUUAAUAACAAUUUGGAACCCAACUUUGUUAUGCACAACUGAUUUUUAAAAAAGGUUUUUUUUUUUCCCCUUUGUUGAAAUCAACCUUUCAUAUCAGGGGUGCUCAUUACGUCGAUCGCAACGUCAGUGUGGGUUGAUCGCUGCAUUAAAAACUAAGCCUGAACGGGUCCUCGCAGUUUGGCGUAGGUCAGGGUAGUAGCAGAUCGGCCCCUUAUCAUUUCAUAAGAAUCUAACAUGCUCGAAACUUGCCUACUUUUGGCGGGAUUAGAAAUGCACUCACACACACCAAGGAGGAAAAACCCCUACUGAAGAGAGUCCUACAAAAAAAGGCGCUACCGAGCUAUGCAGCCACACUCAUAUUGAAAACCAAAAUGAAUCUUCUAAUGGCGUACCGCAAGCAACAAGUCACUUCCGCUCAUUAAUAUUCAUGACAUUAGCUACUAUUGCUAAGUAGGGACAAGCCACCGUUUGUCCCUAAUUGGAAAUGAAUUGAAAUUGUGUACGAAGGAGAUGUUCACAGAGCUAAACCUACCAUUUCUCUCCGAAAUAAUGUGCCUGGUGCCAAAUUGACUGGCAAAGAUGUGGAAGAACAUAAAAAUGUUCAGUUAAAGAGAUGGCUUAAGUGUCGAAGGCUGAAAAAGACGAAAAAAACGAGCCGACUUAAGCAUAACUUUAGCUUUUUUAUCGACGCGACUGACAACGACAUUCUCCUGUUUCAACAAGCUAUCCUGGUAACACUUUAUAAUAACUAUCCGUUGUACUAGUUAAUAGAUCAUUAGUAAACUCUUGAUAAAUGAUUUAUUGUUGAUUUGUGAAGUAUUUGUUAACAGUUUGUUAAGCAUUUACAGGGUGUUGUUAACCUGAAACACAGUUUGUGUAGAAACGUUUCAAGUUUUUGUGUGUACAUUUGGCAUUUCUAUCUUUUCAGGUUAAGAAAUGCCGUUCACUUCAAAAGAAAAGGCAUUUUGAUAAAUCAUUUUGCGGCAGCGCUCAUGUUGCACAUUUAUGAAAAUCUGCCAUAAAACCAACAAAUAUUUGUACUUUUCUUUGUAUAUUUAACCAAUAAAACUUAUGACCUUCAACAUAAAGUGUAUAUAGUUUUAUUAAGAUCCAUCAACUAGCAUGGCCAUUUAGAAUGGGUCAACCAUAUUGGAACACCCUGUAAAUGCUUAAACUGUUAACAAAUACUUCACAAAUCAACAAUAAAUCAUUUAUCAAUAGUUUACUAAUGAUCUAUUAACUAGUAAAACGGAUAGUUAUUAUAAAGUGUUACCGCUAUCCUUUACCAUCAGCCCUGUCUUUCUUAUAUAUCCUCUGGUUGUCCUACGUCUCUUACCGUUUUUGGAGGUAAUUUAGUUAGCUUGGUGUAGCGAUCGCAAAUGCUAUGCAGUGACAGCCAACGAGCACUUAAUUUUUUCAUCGAUAACACGUCUUAAUCCUAUAAUAUAUUUACACUUCCCCCUUACUAAAGUUGUUUUUUUAUACAUAUAUAACAGAAACGGUAACAGGUGGCAGUCAGAUACCAUUGUAAUUCUCUUCAGGUCAUUCAUUGUCAGACAGAAGCAGUACGGCACAACGUUACGCUAAAAAAAUAAGUUAAAAAUAUAAAAAUGGCUUACCUCUUUGUCCUCUGAAAGACCAUACCAGCCCAACAUAAUGUUUACUGCAUAUGAAAUGUGAAUGGAUUCACCGAGCUGGUGUUAAAGUCCGCGCAAGUUGAUUCGGUCUUCACAUUUUUUCCUUCCGAGUUUUUGGUUUCCGGGAACGUAUGAAGAAAACAUCCUUCAUGUGUCGUAAUGUCUAGAGUCGUUUCUACAAGUUCCAAAAAAGCAAUGCGUGAUCGGCAUGUUCGUUUUUGAAAGAUUACCGGCGAAAAGUAGCACUAAUUGCGUUGUGUCUAUGCGAGGGCGGGUCUAUAAUGUCCCACUUCAGCUUUACUUCCGGUUUACGAUGCGACGUCACGGUCUAAAAAUAGCCUGCGUGCGGUACGCCAUUGGGACAAUUUGACCAAGUGUCCCAAUUAUUAGUUGCCAAAGUCCCUGAAGAAAUUUACUUCCUUUUAAUGUGAACAAAGGCUCGUCACGGCAACACAGACAUGUGACAUGGGCCUUAAAAUGUAGUAUUACAAAAGGUGUUUUAACUACAGUGACCAACCUGAAAAGAACUGGACACGUAUAAGUAACAUGAGUAACUUUCUGUUGCCACAAGUUGGCGCUGUCGGGUUGAUGCAAAUGACCCAAGAGGACCCUUCAGGGUACGACUCUCAACAAGCACAGGAAGUUUGGCACAUAUGUUGUAUAUCUGCCAAGUUAUGACUAUUAAAAUUUGUGGUGAGACAAAAUGGCGACUGUUUUUACUUUCCUGAUUGGACCCCUCUGCUUCAAUGAAACCUGAAUUUUUUUCAUCAGGCACCUGAACACGUCUUAAGGCUCCCCUUUUUUUUACCCAUGCAGGAGCAGCCGGUCGAGUGGGAAAAAAAAAAAAAAAAUUUUUUUUAAAUAAGCAUUUCCUGUUCCCAACAGAGCGCGCCAGGCCUAAUGGGUAGUAGUUCAAUGCAGUUGUGCAGCUGGGAUACCUCGCAUACAUGCCAUAUAAGAAAAAGACAACCUUGUAUCAGGGAGUUAUUAGUCAUUUACUGAAUGUGGCGUUUUGCAAAAAAAAAAAAAAAAAAGGCCAACUUUGGCACCCUGCCCAAGCCAGGCCCGUUAAUAGAAACAAUUUUAAUGACUUGAGAUCUCAUAUGUCUCAUGAACAGUCUCACCAAUUUUGAGGAUCCAACUAACUCCCUAGGCGGCAAGGUCUCAAAUGUGCACCCUAUAAAUUGAUAACAUUUUCACAUUCAAACCAAAAUACCCAAUUUCCUGUUGGGUUUAGAAUAUGGGUGACUUUUUGGAACAGUUUUGCACAAGGUAUCGACUCCCCAAAAGCUCCUUUGAAGCCACAUAAAAUGAAAAUUGGGGAGAAGGGGAUAAACCUCGGUCACUACAUUUCUCACAGUUUGUUAACAGUAGAAAAAACAUACCGGAGGACACUUCUCUCUAAGCAACUUUUGCAGGACAGCAAAUUCACACAGUUUAAUGUUAUGCUAACCCUGAUACAGGUUGGACUUUCAGUAGCAAAAUUAGUGGUGUGUUCCCCACCACAACAUUGUCUUUUUACAUUAAAUACAGUGGCUGCAGUUGAGGGAAAAAAUGGACUGGCACACUCAGCAGUGAAAAGGGGUAAAUGUAAGUCUGAACAUAAUGAAAAUAAUUUACUUAAUAAUGGGAGGGUCAAUUCUAACAACAUAUGGGGAGACAAUUUCAAUUAUAUAACUGAAGUCAUUCAUAGACUUCAUAAUCCAUAUGUAUUAUGAAGUCACAGUAUAUUCACAAUAUUUAUAUAUAAUGAAGUCUAUGAUUCAUUAAAUAAUGCAAAUAAGGUUGAUUAAAAGUUGGUCUUGACAAUUUGAGCAUCCUGAAAAGUUGGCAGUGUUGUGUCCCUACCAUCCCUAUGCAAACCUACGCCCUUGUGUAAUAGGCUAUAGUAUAAUGAUAACGAUUUAUACAGAUAAAGUUAUGCUGGGGGAAAAAAUGACAGUUAAAAAAAAAAAAACACACACUGUAAGUAGUUAGUCACAAUGUUACUCAUUACUUGAGUGUGCUUUUCUACGAAUACUUUUUCACUUGUACUUCAGUAAAAAUUUGGAUGACUACUUUUACUUGAGUAAUAUUUAGAAGUAACGCUACUCGAGUAAAAUUAUUGGCUACUCUACCCAUAUUUGGUAAUAAUGGCAGCAAAUGUUGAUUGAUGAAAUAUAAAGCUGUUCAAAAAGUAAAGUUGUUAGUCGUUUUCCUUAGUUUGAGUGUUGUAAUAUGCCGACGUUACUGCGUUGUUUAGUUCUUUUUAGAGCAACUCAAUCAACUUGAUAUUUAUCAUAGGAAAAUGAUACUUGUAAAUGAUACUUCUAACGACAUUGUAGUGGCAUUAAUGUUUCUAUCUACAUUCAAGACGAUAAUCGUCUUGAAUGUAGAUAAAUUAAUCCCUUUUUGUACAAUAC